AUGCUUGAAUCUGCCAGAACCCUUCUGAUUUCCUGCCCUACACCACUAGCUGUGGUAGUGGUAUUCGUGUUUGGUUGCUUCGCGUUGGAAUCGCCUCCCUCGUAUAUUCCGUUGGUUCUCCUCCUGGCGAUUACAAGGGUUUUCUCAUCGGUGAUUAUUACUAGCAAACGUGCGAUAGUCAAGCUGACAUUUGUCGUGGUAUCCCUCGCUGCGGCAACAACUCUGGGAAAUAUUAGCGCCGUUCCCGAGGUCCAAUAUUCGACAGCCGUACUUGCAUUGUUCAUACUUGCUCUUUUAGCAAGCAGCCUUGCCACCUCAGCUAUAUUUGCUGACACAUACUUGCAAUGGAAUAUCGAUUGCGAACGGCUGCCGUUGUUCUUCCCUGCCAUGUGGUCGACUGUACUACUGAUUGCAUCAACUACGAGUCCUUUGGGAUAUUUGGCCAUAUGGAGCCCAGUGCGUGGUUUGAGCGCCUAUAACUGGAUGAGAUAUGUUCUUGGCCCGGUGGGAAUCGACUGGACCGUUGGGGCAUGGGCUGUGGUGGUGGCAGAGUUACUUGCGCCAUGGUUUACCAAGCCAGCUGAACAAGACGAUUUGUUGAUAUCAACUAGUGGCACCAGUGCGACCGAUGAAACUGAGAAAUCUCAGAAAACACCACGGCUUCUGUGUAUGAUUACCUUCCUAUGUCUUGGCACCAUCCCAUAUUAUUUUCAGGAUACGUUGCCUAUACCGGUCAAUUCUGCGACUACAGCACCGUUAUCGGUCGCAUGUGCUCUACCUUACAUUACGAACAUAACACGGUCACCCAAUUUUGGCGAACUCCUGCAAGAGACGGCAACAUUAGCUUCUCUUGCAAAAGUCGUACUCUGGCCGGAAGGGGCGAUACGAUUUGACUCGGUGCAGGCAAAACGGGAGGCAACCAAGAAGGUUGCCAAAAUCGCCGGCGGUUCUGUCAUAGGCGUUUCUUUUGAGGAGUACACGAACGAUGUAACAAGGGGCAACAAGGGCCGGAACGGUCUCAUGCUCGUUGACAGAGAUGGGAUGGUGUUUGAAUAUUUCAAACGUCACCUCGUUCCAUUCGUCGAGUCGUAUGCGAUGGUCGCAUAUUCAUCACCUCCGGAAUUGUACGACUACCAGCUCGUCACAAAACGGAAUUCGCGAGGUAAAGCUAUAGAGUCUCUGACGGUUCCAAUAACCGGAUCUAUAUGCUUGGACUUUGCCCAUCCGAUGCCAUUCAACAGGCUUCCGCGACGACCGUCUCUUAUCCUCGGAGCUGCACGUACCUGGUAUCCGAGCCUCGGCGUGACGAUGUGGGAGCAUGCUAAAGCCCGAGCAGAAGAAGUUGGCAGUGCUGUACUGUGGUGCGAUGGUGGAGAACAGGGAAUCAGCGGAGUUGGAGGGCGGGGAAUGGGAGGAGGCGAAAUCGUUCAAGUCGGACCUGGCUCAUGGGUCCGUACGAUUGGCUUGGAAAUAGAGGCGAAUCAUGAGAGGACAGCAUAUGCAUUCAUCGGUCCUUGGUUCUCGAUCGCCUUCAUCUGGCUCGUGGUAUUUGCAGGAAGGAUUUCGGAAAAGGUGGUUCAGCGGAUUCGGGAAGGUGGUAGUAUCGGCAGUACCCUUCAAGGAUAUGGGUUAAUAAGGAGAGUCCUGGAUACCUACCGUGCCUGGAGAAGAGGCCGGGAGAUAAAUGAAGCAGAUGAGACUACACAUUUGCUCUAG